AUGGUUUCAGACCACAAUGCUGGGGAUACAAUAGGCAAGAAGAGGAAGAGAAAGAGAAGUAAGAAAAGCAAAAAUGAUGAAUUCCCAUCAGACAAUGAACAUCAAGUAGAUCAUUUAAAUCAAGAAGUUGAGAAUAUACAGGCAAAACAAAAUAAGAAGAUCAAAUUCAAUGAUGAUGAUGAGGAAGAUGUAGAAAAAUCUAAGUUGGAGCAAAUACCAAACGAGUCAAAACCUGUGAUUGAAGAAACAUCCCGCACAAGAACACGGCAGCCUAAUGAAAGGAAAUUAGGCUCGGAUUCUCGAGUCAUAAAAUAUGUUGAAUCAAAUGAUUCAGAUUCAGUAUCAGAUUCAGAUUCCAAUAGUAAUUUCAAGUUUAAACAAUCAACAAUAAAAUUAGCGGAAAUAGCUGAGGGAUUACUCAAAAUACGACAAACUUUACCAAUAUAUCAACAUAAAGAUCAGAUCGUAAAAUUCAUCUCAGAAAAUCAAGUUACUAUAGUCAUUGGUGAAACAGGUUCUGGUAAAUCAACUCAAAUUCCACAAUUUUUAAUGCUGAAAAAUUCAAAAGCCAUUGCCGUAACUCAACCAAGAAGAGUAGCCGCUGCGUCAUUAGCUGCAAGAGUUAGCGAAGAAUAUGGUUGCAAACUAGGGACCGAUGUUGGUUAUCAAGUUCGUUUUACAAAGAUGUUAAGUCACAAAACUAAAUUGAAAUAUCUUACAGAUGGUAUGCUUUUGAGGGAAAUCAUGAUGGAUAAAGAAUUAAAAAAGUAUGGUACUAUAAUAUUGGAUGAGGCACAUGAGCGUACAAUUCUAACAGACUUAAUCAUGGGUUUUAUUAAAUCAUUACUCAUUUCCGGUAAAAGGAAAGAUUUGAAAGUUGUUGUAAUGUCGGCUACUUUAAAUGCUGAAUUGUUUAGUAAAUUUUUUGAUGAAGCUCAAAUAUUAUAUAUUGAAGGUAAAACAUUUCCAGUUUCAAGAUUUUAUCUUAAAAAUGAGGAUAAUGAAGAUAUAGUUGACUGUAUGAUACGGUCGAUUGUAAAAAUCAAUUUAACAGAGCCAGAGGGUGAUAUACUAUGUUUUUUACCUGGUCAAGAAGAAAUUGACAAUUGUGUUAAAACUUUAGAGCAAUUAGCUCCUCAAAUGCCAAGAGAAGCUCCUUUAAUAGUUCCUUUACCUUUAUACGCUGCAUUAUCACCAUAUCAACAGUCUAAAAUUUUCGAGAAACAACCUAAAGGAAGAAGGAAAGUCAUUUUAGCUACUAAUAUUGCAGAAACUUCUAUCACGGUGUCAGGGGUAAAAUAUGUUAUUGAUUCAGGAUUGAGAAAAGUCAAAAUAUGGAAACAUAACUUAGGAUUGUCGACAUUAUUGACAACGCCAAUCUCUCAAGCGUCAGCGAGACAAAGAGCAGGAAGAGCAGGGAGAGAAAGUGCUGGUAAAGUAUUUAGAUUGUAUCAAGAAAAUGAGUAUGUCAAUUUACCAAGACAACAAGAGUCAGAGAUCAAAAGAAACGAUAUUAUUUUGCCAGUCUUGACACUUAAAAAACUAGGAGUCGAUGAUCUUUUAAAUUGGACUUGGUUAGAGGACCCUGGUCAAGAACUGAUAAUUAGUGCUUUAAAUAAUUUGUACACCUUAGGUGCAUUGAAUGAAGCAGGAAUUAUUACCGGAUUGGGGUACAAAAUGAGUGUUUUACCACUACCUCCACAAUUAUCGGUUGUUUUAAUAGCUGCUGCAGAAAAUGAAUGUUUAGCACCGGUGAUUGAAAUUGUGUCUUGUUUAUCGGUUGAUAAUUUGAUUUUAAAUGUUACCGGUGAGGAUAGAGAUGAAAUCAACGCUAAAAGAAGGACUUUUACUCCUAAGGGAAAUACUUAUGGUGAUUUAAUUGCAUUGUAUGAGUUAUAUCAAACAUAUAAAUCAUUGGGAAAAGAAUGGUGUUUAGAAAUGAUGAUCAGCUACAAGGGCUUUAAAAAUGUUCAAAAAAUCAAGGAACAAUUAAAGGAGUACAUGCUAGCAACAGUAAAGCAAGAUGACACCUUAAGUAAUGACGAAAAAGAAAAACAACUAUCAAAGUUUAGAGCACAGCUUAAUGACGACGAAGUUGAAGACCAAAUCUUGAAUGUCCCUGCAAUACUUAAAUCUUUCUUGAAAGGAUUUAUAACAAAUACAGCCGUUGGAAUGCCUGAUAGGUCUUUUAGAACAUUUAAUUCUGGUCAACUAAUAAGUAUACAUCCAUCUUCUGUCUUAUUUGGUAAACCAAACCUUGAAGCUAUCAUGUAUAUUGAAUAUGUCUUUACAACAAAAGGAUAUGCAAGAAAUUGCUCCGCAAUAGAACUAUCUUGGAUACAAGAAGUUGCCCCUCAUGUUCUAGGUGGUAAUAAAAUAAGCAUUAAUGGUUAA